CGCAUACUAGUAAGUGAUUUCCCCUCAAAGUAAAUACCCACAGGGCGAAAAUGCACAUUUAGAAACCCGUUUAAUGCAUUGGAUUAUUUUUUAAAUAUAGUAUUCAAGUUGAUGUUAAAGAUGUUAAGUAUAGUAAGUUUAAGGUGCAGGAAGCGAAUUAUAAACCUCCCUUUAUUACAGAUAAUCAUGUCCCGAAGGCUUCAUGCACGAAGAACAGAAGGCGUCGAUAAAAACGUUUGGGUUGAAUUCACUCAGCUGGCAGCAGAUUAUAAAGCAGUGAACCUCGGUCAGGGUUUUCCUGACUUCUCCCCUCCCAAAUUCGUCCAGGAGGCUUUUUGUGAUGCUGUGAAUGGAGGACCGCAGAUGCACCAGUACACCCGAGCGUUUGGACAUCCUCGUCUUGUAAAAAGUCUGGCUAAGUUCUUCAGUAGGGUUAUGAGACAUGAUAUUGAUCCUCUGGAAGACGUCCUGGUCACAGUGGGAGCUUAUCAGGCUCUCUUUUGUGCGUUUCAAGCUAUCAUUGAUGAAGGGGAUGAGGUCAUAAUUGUUGAGCCAUUCUUCGACUGCUACCAGCCGAUGGUGAAGAUGGUCGGAGGAAAGGAAGUGUACGUUCCUCUGAGGCCAAAAGUGGAAGGAAGCCUGUCCAGUGCAGACUGGACCCUCUCUGCUGAGGAGCUGGCCAGUAAAUUCACUCCCCGCACAAAGGCCAUCGUUAUCAACACUCCAAACAACCCACUGGGCAAGGUUUACAAGACCGAAGAGCUCCAAGUGAUCGCUGACCUGUGUAUCAAACACGACGUGCUGUGCAUCAGCGACGAGGUGUACGAGUGGCUGACUUAUGAUGGAAACAAGCACGUAAAGAUAGCCAGCCUUCCCGGCAUGUGGGAACGUACCAUCACUGUUGGCAGUGGAGGAAAGACGUUCAGUGCUACCGGCUGGAAGGUUGGCUGGGUCAUCAGCUCAGGGCAUAUCAUAAAACACAUGAAAACCAUCUUUCAGAACUGUGUGUACCACUGUCCUACAGCCGCCCAGGAGGCAGUAGCUUGUGGAUUUGAGAGGGAGUACGAGGUGUUUGGGUCUCCGGAGAGCUACUUCCAGCAGCUGCCUGCCAUGUUGCACCACAAGAGGAUGAAGCUGGCCUCCAGCCUGCAGAGCGUGGGUCUGCAGCCCAUCAUGCCGGAGGGAGGGUACUUCAUGAUCGCAGACAUCUCCUCCAUCAAGGUAGACUUUAAUGAUGAGAGCUCGAAGGAUGAAUCCUAUGACUACAGAUUUGUAAAAUGGCUAACUAAAGAGAAGGGUUUAGCAACAAUCCCUGUCUCCGCUUUCUACAGCCCAGAGCACGGAAAGGAGUUUGACAAAUAUGUCCGAUUCUGUUUCGUCAAGGAGGAUGCCACCCUGGAUGCAGCAGAGGAAAUCUUAAGAAAGUGGAGUCAGGGAAAGUAAAAUGCCUAAAGUAAGAAGCAAUACCCGUCCAUUACAGAUUUCCCAAGGCUGCUUAAAACCGGGUUGGGUCUCUUUAGAUAAAAUAAGCCAUUUUCAGUGUUUGUUUUUGUUUAUGGCAACAUAUGUACUGUAAAACCAUGUCCACUUUAAUUUUGUCUUUUUACUGCUGUUGCAAAGACACUCAGGUUUUAGAAGUGGGAACACAUAUUCUGUAUGUCCCUGCUGGGUUCAUUUGAGUAGAAAUCAUUUUAUUAAAUGUGCAAAGUUUCACUGAAGUUUUGAGUGUGUGGACACAGAUGUGUGGUGAAGAUAAAUGACACAGGUGGACUUGACUCCUGAGCUGCUCUUUAAUUUAUAGAUAACAAAAAAAAGGUAAUCAGCCUGUCUGUAAACUGCUCCAUAUAGUGGCCACCUUUUUGUAUGUCAUUAAAAAUGAGAGAAAACAGUGUUCACAAUUGUUCACAAUGAUGAAGAAAAUGUAAACAUUCAUUUAUGACUUUUCCACUAAAUCUGUAGAAUAUUUUUGAAAAGAUAUUUCAAUAUGUAAUUUUAAACAUUUGUAAGUAUCCAAAAGGUUUAAUAAAGGUUUGAAUGAA